AUGGUGGAGCGAUCUCCCCCUGACCGUGCCCCCGGAGAGCCGUUCGUGCGCUUCUACUUGAACCUGUGCGCCGCGGCAGCCGAAGACGGCAGGGCCGACGGACUCGUCGACGACGCCCUUCACACGCGAAUCCUGCUGGAGCCUACCGAGGACGUCGGACUGGUGGACAUGCUGGAUCCCCUGGAGUCCAAGACGGGAAAAUACGGCGUGCUCUCCCUACGCACUCCGCCGGCGUCACCGACGAGCACGGUUGGCGGCGCGGACUCGGCCUUCGAGUCCAGCGACGUGCUGGACGACGAGGAGUCACUCGACGCACGACGACGCGGCGGAUACAUCACUGAUGACACCACGCGGAGCCUGUGGAGUGGUCGCCUGUCGGCGUCGCUAGGCGGCUCUGGUGAUGCUGCCUCCUGUGGCGCCCCUUCGCGGCGAGGCGUAGUUAGCGCCGGUGCUGCCGCUGGAAGCGAAGAAUUACCCACUUCUGGUCGAAAGGGCGUCAACUAUCGUGUCCAGGAUGUGGUUGUGCGCAUGCGCAAAAGAACCCACGGCAGACCUAGCAGACUGUGGAGCGGCAUCAAGCGUGGCGUGGUGGCUCGGUACCAGGCGGGGCGCAAGGUGUGGCCCUACAUGGUCAGCAUGGCGCUAGUCUACAUGGUGACGCUGUCCCUGUUCCCGGGCAUCGAGAGCCGCAUCGUGUCCUGCCGCCUGGGCUCGUGGAUGCCCGUCAUCCUGAUGGCGCUCUUCAACGCGGCGGACUUCGUCGGAAAGGUCCUGGCGUCGCUGCGCUACGACUGGUCCCGCUCGCAGCUGGUGUGGCUCUCCUGCAGCCGCGUGGUGCUGGUGCCGCUGCUGGCGCUGUGCGCGCUGCCGCGCUGGGACGCGGGCAGCUCCACGACCGCGGACCUCUGGGCCAUGUUCCUGUCCGUGGCGCUGGGCGUCACCAACGGCCUGCUGGGAUCGCUGCCCAUGAUACUGGCCCCCGGCAGGGUUCCCGACGACCAGAAGGAGCUCACCGGGAACAUAAUGACGCUAUCGUACAGUGUAGGCCUGACCACGGGAUCAGGACUGGCCUACCUGUUGGUGUACUUGAUUCAAGGCUACGACUUCGGGGGGCCUAACUGCGGCGAAACCAUUCCUACAAGGUUAACCUCGGCUGUGCUGAACGAGACGACCACGUCAUGGUCGACGACAGCGAAGUCCUUGUCUUCGCUGGCGAGCGUCGGUGUGAAUGCUACUCGCCAUUUGGACACGUUAUAACAGCACAAACUGCUGCGCAAACGUCAUGAAGCACGUUCUUGCAGAAUCUGUUGCAUUAAAGCAUAAAAUGGUCGUC